AAUAUCAUAGAUUACCUAUUUAGUAUUUUAGUAUUUACCUUUAAUUCAAUCAAUAUUCAAUAGUAUUAUAUUGUUUUAUAAUUAUUAUCCUUUAUUAAAAUUUACCAAUUUUAGUACUUUUGUAACUUAUUAAUAAUCUGUUGAUUUAUUCAUUAUUAUGGACGCUGCUUCAGAAGAAUCCAUCAAUCGUAUAGGGGUGGUAUUAGCUAACAAAAAGUUGCCAAUGAAAGAACGCUUCAGAGCCCUAUUUACACUAAAAAACUUGGGUGGAAAUAUAGCCAUUGAAAAUAUAGCUAAGUGUUUCAACGAUGAUUCGUGUUUGUUAAAACAUGAAUUAGCAUACUGUUUAGGACAAAUGAGAGACGAAUAUGCUAUUCCUUAUUUAAUUGAAGUACUGAAAGAUAACAAACAAGAGCCUAUGGUUCGACACGAAGCAGCUGAAGCACUGGGAGCAAUUGGUAAAGAAAAUGUUAUACCAAUUUUGGAAGAAUAUAAAAAUGAUCCUGUGGUAGAACUAGCUGAAACCUGUCAAUUGGCUUUAGGACGACUAUUACUACCUAAAAAUGAAGCAAACAUUGAAAAUAUUUAUGGAUCUGUAGAUCCAGCUCCUCCAUCUAAAAUAAAAAGCAUAGAAGAACUCGAAAAAAUUCUUACUAAUGAAAAUGAAAGCCUCUUUAAUAGGUAUAAAGCAAUGUUUUCACUACGAGACAUUGCAUCACCUGAAAGUAUCACUAUUCUUUCUAAAGCGCUAUCUUGUGGAAGUGCAUUAUUUAAACAUGAAAUAGCAUUUGUUUUGGGACAAUUACAAUCGCCACUUAGUGUACCAUAUCUAAAAGAAUCAUUAAUAGAUGAAAAUCAAAAUGAUAUGGUACGACAUGAAUGUGCAGAAGCAUUAGGUGCAAUUGCUACAGAUGACUGCUAUGAUAUAUUAAAACAGUAUAUAAAUGACCAGAAGGUAGUCGUCAAGGAAAGUUGUGAAGUUGCAUUGGAUAUGUGUGAAUAUGAAAACUGUCCUGAUUUUCAAUACGCAGAUACACUUGAAAAAAUUACCUUAUAAAUUGAUACCUUAAAUCUAACUAGUGGCACCGAGUCCUAUAUCCAAGUAUUGAAAUUGAAACACAUGCUUUAAGUGGGUGGUAAUUCUUGUAGGCUUAACUUUCCAAGAUCUAAAGCAAUACCAUACAAUCCAGAGUCAACAGUUUUGGCCUGUCCAUCUAGCUAUAAGAAUAUAUUUGUAAAUAUAUGUUAUAUAAUGUAUAAUAUAUGUAUAUUAUGUGAGUCAUAAAACAAAUUUAGAUGGUGGGCGUCUAUAUAAAAAUUAUAAUUUCGCAACAUAAUUUAAGUGAACCUCAGCGCCACUGAAUCUAACUCAAAAUUUUUAAAUUUAACUUGAUAAUAUGAAUAUUGAUAAUGAAAUGAAUAGUUUGUUGCCUUUGCAGCUAAUACACAUUUAAUUUAAUACAAUGUAAAACAUAUUACCAAUGGCAUAGCCAACAGGUAGGUCCGAGCCUACCCACUUUUCUCCAAAACUAAAUGUUUUAUAUCAUAUUAAAUGUGUACUCUAUACUCUAUAUAACUAAUAUUAGUAGGUAUUAUUAGUUUUAAAAUUUAAAAUAAAUGCAUAUAAUAAAAGUUUAAUAUACAAUA